AUGCUGCCAGAGAAACCAUCAUUACAAUCCCUGACAUGCUCAAUAUCCAAAACAUCAAUCACUCCGUUAUCCACACCAAGGAGAUAUAACAUUACCCAUACACAGGGGAAAACACUCUCCAUAGAUUCUUUGGAUGGAUUGAAAUUUGUUAGCGACCUAUCAUGUGGAUAUACAGCAUCAUCGAGCCCAAGGAGUACGCCAAUAGCUACGUCAAGAAGUAUUAAUUCAACAUCGCUACACGCAACACCCCUAUCAGCCCAUACAGAAGAAACCGAACAACCUGCUGUCAAAAAUACAUGGGAAGGGGCGAAUUCACAAAGCGCUAUAGAACAUUUCACACAAAUAGCUAAUGACAAUGAGGCGAACCAAAAUGGAGAAAAUGAAGGGCUAGAAGGAAGGGCUGCAGGGCUAACUAAAUCAUCAGGGUUACGACAAUUUGUACGGGGAAGCCUUGGCGCAAGGAAACAACUCUUAUUGGAUGGUUCAGGAACUUCAAUAUUGACAGAACCACGUAAAAGACGGUUGUCAAGAAGAGGCAAUGCGAAAAGGGACGCUACAGCGUCUACGGCAACCCUCAAUGCACCAUGCAACGGUGUAAUGCCCUUCUGGUUAUCGGCACCCAAGGAUCUAAAGGAUAUUGGGAACUAUGUAAAAACUAUAUGCUCAAGAAUAUCAAAUAUAGAAAAAAAUAUAAGGAACUUUGAAGCAGAAAGACAAUCGUUGCUAAAUGCACUUUAUCAGUUGAACCUGCAACAAGUACAGACAUUAUUCCCCAAUACAUGGACUAACAGCCAGGAGAGUACAACAAAAUCACAAUCGCCAAAGUCAAACGAUGAUAGUACAAAGAAUACUCCUGAAAAGAACGACGAUGUAGCAGAAUAUACGGCAAACAAUCAGACAACCGACAGUGAAACGGGGACUGUAACAUAUCAACCACAAACACCUAUACAAGAUAAUCAGAUACAAGAUGCUGUUGGACAGCAUUACCAGAUAUCACCAAGGGUAUCUAGUGAUACACCUCAUCCUACAAUACUCUCACAUCCGGAAAAUUCGGUAGCAGAGAGCAAUACAGAUAAUAUAACAGCAACAUCAAACGAAAAUCAUGAAAAUGAUAAUCUAGAGGUCAUAGUUAUCGAUGAUGAUGACGAAGAAAAUAAACCUCUAAUGCCACAGUCAUCGGCCCAUACAGCGGAUUCUGGAACCUCAAGAGACGACUUUUCACAACAGCUGCUACAAGAUUGCAAAAGAAAAACUAGCCAAUUCGAUUCGGACAUAGAAUUAAUAGCAAGUAAACAAGUAGAACGUAAUGUUCCAGAUUACAACCAACAGAGGCUCACGGAAACUGAUAAGGAAUUUCGUUUGUGGACAUCGUGCUGGUUACAAAAUGACAAUCAACCGGAAGAUACACCCAGUCCAAUACAAUUGAGGCGCUCUGUUAGUGGACCUAAAACACGCUCUAACGAACAAAGGCAGUCAGUCACUGCAACAGGAGACGAUACAAGGACGGACUCACCUGCACAACAGAUACAGGAACCAUCAUUGGACCCUUUAAAACGUUAUUGGGACCUAGAAUUCAAUACAAUGUCACAACAAAACCUUCUAAAAUGGGUAAGAUUCUUCGGAGUUAAGGUAAGUCAAUAUUCAUGA